AUGGAUGGCGGGUCAAACGCUAUUGGGUUAUUGUCGAGACUAUCAAGGAGAAUGAAGAAGCCGCAGCAACCGUUGACGGACCUGACGCAGCUCUACAGCGAUGUGGCAAAUGAGACCAUCACAAAUCUGGGGCUGGAGGAGCGCGGGGAAAUAAAACGGGCAUAUCAGGGGUGGAAGGCGUUGCAGACGCAUGUACUGUACGAGCUGGGGCGGAUAGAGCGCAGCUACCCGCAGGUGCACUUAUAUAACAGCGAAGAGAUGGGGCUGCAGAGCGGGGUACAGGAGUUGUACACGAAGCUGCAGGUGCACAUGGAGCGGGUUGGGCGACUGUACGAGACAGAGGGCGACCGUGGGCGGCAGACGCGCUCGGGCACGACGCAGUCCGGGUCGUCAGGAUCCAAGGCGGGAUCGAUUGGCGGGACGACGCUGCUGCGGACGCUGCGGCGGCCGCCACCGGCGGAGGAGGCGAGCGCGAGGCCGGGCGCUACGGAGCCGGCGGCGGCGCCGGCGCGCGAAGCGGACCAGUUCUUUGGGUUUGACGAAGACGUAAACCUGAUCGACCUUUCGGAUGAGGGCGAGUCUCCGCGGGGCGGGAGCAAGAACCCUUUCAUAACCGGCUCGCCCGAGGAGGAGGGCGACGGUAGCGACUACGAGUUCAACGUCGACGACUACUUCAACCACUACCUGGAGGGCGACGAGGACGAGACGCCGCUGGGGGCAAAGCUGGAAAGAUUGUCGCUGGAAUCUUCGGAACCGCCACCUGUGCUGGCCACCAAGGCCCGUGCGGAGCCCUCGCAGUCACGGGCGCCGGCCAACCGCGGCCACUACAGGGCGGGACCGCGCGCGGCUAGCAGCACUGCAUCGCUGGGGAACCUGGGUCGACCUUGCUCUGCCCCAACGGUUGAUGGCGCGAAUCUUUCGACGCAGGCUGCGCGCAACGCGGUCCAGCCCGUUGCCGCGGCGGCAGCCAGCAGCGGGAACAUUCCCGCCGCACGGCGGGCUCGGCCGGAGAGGCGGAGAGUCAAAACUCAGGUACGGCGCCCUGGUGGCGGGAGCGGCCAUGCCGUCACCAGUCGGUACAUCGUAUACAGGAAAUCCGCCACACAGAAGGCGACGCCUGUUGGCACACCCGGAGGCACUCCUCCUCUAGGCGUAAAGGGAGAACCGGUUCCGAAUUCAUGGCAUGCUACACCGUGUGGCUCACCUGCGGCCUCCCUCACAAAGGAUAUAAAUGAGGAGGCUUAUUCAGAGGAUCUUAAGGAGGAGAUGGAAGCAGGCAUCAUCGACUCCCUACGGGGGGUUGACAAAACGGCUGCCAAACAGAUCUUUUCGGAAAUUGUAGUUCGGGGAGACGAAGUCCACUGGGAUGACAUAGCCGGCCUCGAUAGCGCAAAGAAUUCGCUGAAAGAGGCAGUAGUAUACCCUUUUUUGAGGCCAGACUUAUUCCGUGGUUUAAGGGAACCGGUUCGGGGUAUGCUACUUUUUGGCCCUCCCGGUACUGGGAAGACAAUGCUGGCGAGAGCGGUUGCGACAGAGUCACAUUCCACAUUUUUCAGUAUCAGUGCCUCAACGUUGACGUCGAAAUAUCUGGGAGAGAGUGAAAAACUCGUACGUGCUUUAUUUGCUGUAGCCAGGAAACUCAGUCCUUCUAUCAUAUUCGUAGACGAGAUAGAUUCCAUUCUCGGCUCUAGGAAUAACAAUAGCGAACAUGAAGCUUCUCGCAGGAUAAAGACCGAGUUUCUGGUUCAAUGGUCUGCACUCUCCAAUGCUGCCGCUGCUAAUGAGGCUAAUGAGGAAGACGAAAGAGUGCUGGUCCUUGCUGCGACGAAUUUACCUUGGUGUAUUGACGAGGCCGCAAGAAGGAGAUUUGUUAAGAGGCAAUAUAUACCACUGCCGGAAGGUGAAACACGAAGGCUUCAAAUCGAACGCCUGCUUUCUAAACAAAAACAUACAUUGACAGAAGAGGGGUUUGCGGAAUUGAUACGUCUGACCGAAGGUUAUAGCGGCAGCGAUAUUACUUCUCUAGCCAAGGACGCGGCAAUGGGCCCACUACGAGAGCUAGGGGAUAAUUUGUUGAUGACUCCUAGAGAGAACAUUAGGCCAAUUGCACUUGAAGAUUUUAUAAACAGUUUAAACUACAUCAAACCGUCCGUGUCCCCAGAGGGCUUACUGCAAUAUGAAAAUUGGGCGGAUAAAUUCGGAUCUAGCGGAGUCUGA